CGGAGGCGCGCAGGGCAGCCUGGGUCCAGCCCACACCCCUCACCAGAUUGACGCCCAGUACUGAGUUCUUCCCCGGGACUCGGGAAUCAAGGUCCGACGUUUCGCUUCGCUGAGCCUCCUGGGAAGGUUCCAGGACACGUGUAGGGAGACCCACUCUUGACGUGUGUAAGGGAGUCUCCAGAGCCCAACACCUCUGUCCCCUGACCUCUGUCCUUCCCCGGCCAGGAGGCACCAUGUGGGGAUGUCGGCUGGGGCUGCUGUUGCUGCUGCUGGCUGGCCAGGCUGCCCUGGAAGCCAGACGGAGCCGCUGGCGAAGGGAGUUGGCGCCAGGACUGCACCUGCGGGGCAUCCGGGACGCUGGUGGCCGGUACUGCCAAGAGCGGGACUUGUGCUGUCGUGGCCGAGCUGACGAGUGUGCCUUGCCCUACCUGGGAGCCACCUGUUACUGUGACCUCUUCUGCAACCGCACCGUCUCAGACUGCUGCCCUGACUUCUGGGACUUCUGCCUCGGGGUGCCACCCCCCUUCCCUCCCGUCCAAGGUGGGCACUCAGGAUGCAUGCAUGGGGGCCGCAUCUACCCAGUCUUCGGAACCUACUGGGACAACUGCAAUCGGUGCACCUGCCAGGAGAAAGGGCAGUGGGAGUGUGACCAGGACCCAUGUCUCGUGGACCCAGACAUGAUUAAUGCCAUCAAUCGGGGCAACUACGGGUGGCAGGCUGGGAACCAUAGUGCCUUCUGGGGCAUGACCCUAGACGAGGGCAUUCGCUACCGCCUGGGCACAAUCCGCCCAUCUUCCUCCGUCAUGAAUAUGAAUGAGAUUUAUAUGGUGCCGGGCCAAGGGGAAGCACUACCCACGGCCUUUGAGGCUUCUGAGAAGUGGCCCAACCUGAUCCAUGAGCCACUGGACCAGGGCAACUGCGCAGGCUCCUGGGCUUUCUCGACAGCAGCUGUUGCAUCGGACCGGGUCUCCAUCCAUUCUCUGGGACACAUGACGCCCAUCCUGUCACCGCAGAACCUGUUGUCCUGUGAUACCCACCACCAGCGGGGCUGCCGAGGUGGGCGUCUUGAUGGCGCUUGGUGGUUCCUGCGGCGCCGAGGGGUGGUGUCUGACAACUGUUACCCAUUCGCCGGCCGUGAGCAGAACGAAGCCAGUACCACUCCUCGCUGUAUGAUGCACAGUCGCGCAAUGGGCCGGGGCAAGCGCCAGGCCACUUCCCGUUGCCCCAAUAGUCAGGUUGAUUCCAAUGACAUCUACCAGGUCACCCCUGCCUACCGCCUGGGCUCCGAUGAGAAGGAGAUCAUGAAGGAGUUAAUGGAGAACGGCCCCGUUCAAGCGCUCAUGGAAGUACAUGAGGAUUUCUUCUUGUACCAGAGCGGCAUCUACAGUCACACACCUGUAAGCCAGGGGAGGCCGGAGCGGUACCGCAGACAUGGGACUCACUCGGUCAAGAUCACAGGGUGGGGAGAGGAGACGAUGCCAGACGGGAGGAGGAUCAAAUACUGGACUGCUGCCAACUCAUGGGGCCCAUGGUGGGGUGAGAGGGGCCACUUCCGAAUCGUGCGUGGCACCAACGAGUGUGACAUCGAGAGCUUCGUGCUUGGCGUCUGGGGCCGUGUGGGAAUGGAGGACAUGGGGCAUUAAUGACGGGCAGCCACUAGGUGGGAUCCACAGCUACGAAGAGGCCUUAGGGGCCACACCUGAUGAAGCCUUGGGUGCAGUCAGGGGAACCAGGUGCUAAUUCACGUACACACAGAUCCGCUAAUGCCGCGUCCGGCCUGGGAGCCAGAGAUGGGUGAGGCUGGAGGAGGUCCCAGACAUCACAGCCAGAACUGGAGAGGGCCUGGUUUGCAAACUGCAGGGAGUAUAGAUCCCAGGCCCCUGGUUCACCAGUCCGAGACCACAGGAGCUAAGACACCCCACUCUUCCUACUACUUAAUCCCAUUCCCAUUUUCUUAACUUUUUCCUCUUCGGUUGUUCCUUCCCAUCUUCCUGGUCUCCGUUCUGGCUGUACCUUUCCAAAACUCCCAGUACUGUUUUCUUAGUCUUUAAAUAUAUUUAUUUUUCUUUUCACCGUUUUAAAAUAAAACCAAAGUAUUGAUAA